GCCAUCAUGAAGGGUUCAGUCUCAUUCUGCUGUUUCCUCUCCCUGCUGCUUUUGCAGGCCACAGCAGAAGAAGAAGAUAUCAUCUCUGUCCUCAGAGACAGAUCUCACAUCGACGAGACGUUCCGACUUGCAGCUGAGGAAAAAGCAGCAGACUAUGCAGCGGCUAUACAGAGGUUGCGGAAGAUCUACCACACAUCCAUCAAGCCGAUGGAGCAGGCCUACAAGUACAAUGAGCUGAGGCAGCACGAGAUCUCAGAUGGGGAGAUUACCUCCAAACCCAUGGUGCUCUUCCUGGGACCCUGGAGUGUUGGCAAGUCCUCCAUGAUCAAUUACCUCCUGGGCUUGAACGACAGCCCCUAUCAGCUCUACACAGGAGCUGAGCCUACUACCUCUGAGUUCACUGUUAUUAUGCAUGGGGAGAAGAUCCGCUCCGUUGAAGGUAUUGUAAUGGCAGCAGACAGCUCUCGUUCUUUCUCGCCCCUGGAGAAGUUUGGACAAAACUUCCUGGAAAAGCUGAUCGGUAUUGAGAUGCCCCACAAGCUGCUGGAGCGUGUGACCUUUGUGGACACACCAGGAAUCAUUGAGAACCGCAAGCAGCAGGAGAGAGGCUAUCCUUUCAAUGAUGUUUGCCAGUGGUUCAUUGACCGCGCUGACCUGAUCUUCGUGGUGUUCGACCCCACCAAGCUGGACGUUGGCCUGGAGCUGGAGAUGCUCUUCCGGCAGUUGAAGGGUCGCGAGUCCCAGAUCCGCAUCAUCCUAAACAAGGCUGACAACCUGGCCACCCAGGACUUGAUGAGAGUCUAUGGAGCACUCUUUUGGAGCUUGGCUCCCCUCAUCAAUGUGACUGAACCCCCCCGUGUCUACGUCAGCUCCUUCUGGCCAUAUGACUACGCACCUGACACCAGUCGUGAGCUCUUCAAGCGAGAGGAAAUCUCCCUUCUGGAAGAUCUGAACCAGGUGAUUGAAAACCGCAUGGAGAACAAGAUUGCCUUCAUCCGCCAGCAUGGCAUCCGUGUGCGCAUCCACGGCCUGCUGGUGGACCGCUACGUCCAGACCUUUAAAGAGAAGAUGAGCUUCUUCAGCGAUCCUGAGCUAGUCUUCAAGGAGAUUGUGGACGACCCAGACAAGUUCUACAUUUUUAAAUCAAUCCUAGCCAAGACCAAUGUCAGCAAGUUUGACCUGCCCAACCGUGAUGCUUACCGUGACUUCUUUGGCAUCAACCCGAUCACCAAUUUCAAGCCCCUGUCGGGUCAGUGCUCCUACAUGGGAGGCUGUCUGCUGGAGAAGAUUGAGAAGGCAAUCACCAAUGAGCUGCCCGCUCUUCUGAGCAGCAUUAACUCUGGCAAACAGCCUGGCCUGUCCUCCUGCGAGGCUACCGGCUGUGGUGAGAAGCCAAAGAAUCGCUACCGGAAGAACUGAGGAACACAAAAUAACUUGAGUGGGGGAAGUAAGGAGAAAGAGGGGGUGAAGAGAAAGGGGUCUGGUAGAUGCCAACCCUGCUUUUUUCAGAAUGCCUGUAUUGUUAAGGAGACAGAGGAGAGGAGAUUAGUGUUUGUUUGUUUUUUUCCUCAGGAGAAUAUGGGGGGAGGUGCAUUUAGGAACUGUGGAAAUGAGGCAGAUAGUGGGAGGGAAGAGUAAUUGUUUGAUUAGGCAGCUUAAGGACACAAGUGCUGAAGAAAUGAGAACAUGCCACUAAUCACAGAGUUUGUUAAAAUACACACCCUCCUCUCUCCCUUGCACAAUCACAGUGGACUGUGUGGGAUUUCUGGGUUUAAGGAAAUAACCAUGUAAAGAAAAACAGAAAUGGAAAAAAAAGUAAUAUCAAAUAAAAAUUGAAAAUCCUGAGACUGAAAACAGUCAAAUACCAGCUCCCUUGUAUGUGAAUAAAAUGGGAAAAGUGGAAAUAGGAGUUGCGAAUUUGUUUUGUAAAAUCUUGAGAAUUGCAUUGCAACAGGUCAAUUCCAUAUGCUUCAGAAGUUUUUUGAAGUAGCAUUUUUGUGGGUGCUAUACAAAGCCUUUGAGUUUGGGUGGUCCUCCAAGCUUUUGACAUAGAUUAACAUUAACAUUGCAUGUUAGACGUCACAUCUUAUUUAACAGAUGCAUGUAUUUUCCUUCUAACAAAUUUAAGUAAUAGUUCCUCAUGAUACUGACACCUGAACCAGCCCUGCCAUGCAACAAAUAAGGCCUUUUUUUCAUAGUUUUAGAUGCUCAUCAGUCUUGGUUGUUGACAACCUGUGAAAUGAGCACUGCGAUGGAAGCAGAGGUCAGGGUUCACGGGUCAGAGUCUUCAGAGCAGGGUGGAUAUGUUCUUUCUGCUUCACUUCUUAACUGUUCUUGCUGUUUAAUGUUUGCGUCUAUAAAUUUGCCAGUCUUUGGCAGAAAUUCAGUACUAUGUUAUGAAUAAUUUUGUUCCUUCAACGAUAAGCUUCCCAGCUUUUUCAGCUGAAUGACCAUAAAAAAUGACACAUGAGAAUGUGUUUGAAUUAUAGCUGUCUUUAUCCAGUUGUUCUGCCAGCUCUUUUCCAGGUUAGAAAGAUAUUUAUUGAUUUUUUUCUGUGUAAACUUUCCAAAUGGGCAUUGAAGUAAGCUGUGUCUGUGUACUGAGCAAUCCUGCUGCAAAAUUAGACAAACCUUUGGAUUUCUCAGCUUGCAAAAAGCGGGGUGGAGGUGACAGAGAGGAAAAGGUGAAGUGGAGGACUCAUGAGUUGACCCCUGACCUCUGUGGAAAGCCCCUACACCCACAAUGGUUUGGAGUUAUACAUGUCAAAUCUGCAAUUCCUUAUGUAAGCCUACCUCAGUGAACCUACCAGGAGUAUGGCAUGGCGAAAUUGCUUAAAAUAGUUUGACAUUUUGGGGAGCAUGCUUAUUCGACACUAUUUUUAAGCCGGGUGCAGUAACUUUUUGGAGUCUUGUUGUUAUCAUGAGGUUGCUAGGCAACCUGAAGAGUAAGUUUCUAUGCCGGGCCAAGAAAUAGUCAGGCACAUGACCCCUUCGAAAACUGCACCGUGCCUCUUUUACACUGCAGUUUUUGUAUGGUUUAAGCAAAUAAAACAUGAUGUGUAACUGUUUCCCCUUUUUCAGACUUUAUGCUAAGCUAAGCUAAACAGCUGCUGGCUCCAGCUACACAUUCAGAGAACUCUAUGAAAGUGGUAUCAAUCAACCAAAAUAUCAAACUAAUGCUUAAAAUGCAGGGUCCUAAAUCUUCAAAGAACAGGUAGGUAGUAAUAACUACAACUCAAACAUAUACCAAGUUAACUCAUGGGCAAAUGCACUUCCAGUUCUCUCUUUGUCCUCCCUCACUAACUCCAUAGUGUUUUCCCCAACUAAAAUCUGAAGCAUAAUGGAACAGGAAAGAAAACUAACUGAUGACAAAAGCCUGAUGAAACUGAAUGUGUGUUUUCCACAGGAUGUGUUUGGUAUGUUUACACUGCAGAUCCAGAACAUGCCCACUAGAGAGUGCUGUGUAAAAGUGUAAAAAGUUAUACAGACCACUAACUAAAACUCAUGGUAGCAACAGUCUGUAGUGAGGUGAUAGCUUGAGCUAAUGACGUUGUGUGGUUGUACUUUUGGUAUAUUUCAGUAUCAAUUAUCUUAAUUUACCUGUGAAUUAGAUCUGGAAUGGAUGUGUGUCCCAUUAAAGUAGUUGUUGGUUCACUUUUUUUUUGUUUUGGUAUAAAUUUUAAAUUAAUAUUGGCCCAAUUUUUGGAAGCUUGAUCAUGAAGAAUAAAGAUUUCUGAUUGA